UAUUAAUCAUAAUCCCUCGACUGAGUAGCGUACGUAGUUUUGUAUGACGUGUCUAGUGAUUGUUUAUUUGUAGAAUUAGUUUCCCAAUCUUUGAUAGUCACUAUUGAUGCGUAAAUAGUGCCAGAAAAGCAGCCCUUGUCCCAGUGGCCUUGAAACUCACGCCAUGAAUGCAGUCAAUUGAAAUGAACCCUGUCAGGUAGGCCUUGCGUCCUUGUGCAGCCAGUCUAAAUAUGGAGAAAGUCACACACAAUAUUUGACCCAAAACAAGUUGGACAAGAUAAAGGAACGAGCACGUCGGAUAGCCGAGCUCCCACAAGACAAGUUUAAUGUAUUGGUUUUAAGCGCCCGUGAGUUCAGUCUUGCACAAAGUCGGCCCAAGAUGAGUAGUUUAGAUGCCACCAGCGGGCCUGGCUCGGAUGAUUGGAGUGGAGAAGAUGAGGAUGAUGGCGGCACAGAGGGAAAUAAGCGUAGCUACAGCCACACAAACUUCAUGUUGGGUAGUCACGUGAAAGGAGAGGAUGCUGAACGAGAUUCAGGCCUACCUUCAUCAGGUAAGGGUGCCGAAAGCUGGUGCGACUUUGAAGGAAGUGAUUCCGAAAGGGGUGUCUAUGACUACUUUCCAACCGAAGAAAGCAUCAAGAAAAGUGAUGCUGUGAAGAUCAGUCAUACGGUCAAUCCAGAUUUCGAUGAAGUUAUCGAUGUUGAGUCCGACAAGAGCUCCAUUGAGUCUCCCCGUAGUGAUGCCUCUAGUACAAAUGAAUAUAACGUGACCAGCCCUCUGGAGGAAGAUGGGAUUGAGAUGAAGACCUUUAGCCAUCACGAAAUCCCACAGGGGGGCAUCCACAAGGCCUUGUAUGGCAAGGGGGAUCAUAUUCCGUAUACCGUCUUGCAGAACGAGAGCGAUGAUGAGGAGUACUGUCACACGGAACAGCAGAGAAGGUUCAUGAGCUCAGACUGCACUAUGACAAGAGGUACUAGAAGUGUUGAUGACCAGGUCUGCUUCCCUUUCAAUAGGAACAAUCGCUAUUCUAGCUACUCUCGAACUCCAGAAGAGGCAGAAAGUGGGGGUUUCCAGAAACAAGGCACUUUCUUGAGCCGCAAGCCUCCGUUUGGUUAUGGAGAAGAACAGCUGACGAAUGUUGGUGGGUCAAUCGCUCGUCUCCUGCCAGGCAACAUGUCACAAGGUGCAGACAUCGGGGAGGAUGGCAAGAAGAAGAAAGGCACAAAGAAAAAGAAAGGAACAAAAGAUGAUGCUGAUGAACGUGUGAGCAGCUCAAAGACCAGGAAUAGUUGCCAUGACAUAAACGGAAACCCAAUUGCACCUAGUGCCUACAGGCAAAUGAGAGAGCCACCCAACAAGUCAGUCGAGGGAAGUCUUGUCAGCUCAAGAAAGCCUACUAAUUAUGGAACAUAUCCCCAAAACCCCCCUGAAUUUCCACGUGAAACUUCGAAUUUCGACUCUUUCCCAUUUCAAGGGCAAUCAGUUAAAGACUUGGAAGAUGGGUCCUCUAGCACUGAUCGCAAGAAAUCUCGGAAAAAGACACACAAGGAGCCUGUGAAGCUUGCUGAAGAUAUUCCCAAUUAUGUCGGGAACAUAGCUAGUGUAGACGAUCUUGUCAAAUUUAUAGAAACACAUAAAUUUGGUGAAAAACAACUGAAAAAGAAAGUCAGUCAGAAGUCUAGUCCUGGCAGCGAGAUUGCUGUAAAAGCAGACAAAGCAGCUAAAAAGAAUAAAGAGAAGAAGAUAAGGGUAGGUCAGGCAGACGAGACUAACGACUCUCACAACGAGAGUGUGGAACUUGACAACUCUCCCACCGCGGUGACCAGCGAGGCCCCAGCAUCCCCCCUACCUCCAGCAGACGCAGACGCAGCUGCUGCAGACGCACGUCCAAUAGUAGCAGCUGACGACGAAGAGGAGGAGGAGGACAUGGGCAACUAUGGUGAUAAAGCUGCAGCCACCAGUGUAGUAGAAUCACAAGCUCCACUGGAGGAUUCCCAGCCAUGCAGCAAACCAGACACCAAGUUCGUGUUGAACAAAGACAUUGAACCACUUGCUGACAAAAUAAGUUCUUCCAAAAGUCCUCCUUUGCAUAAGAGGGAGGUUGACCCGAAAGACAAGAACAAAACCAAGAACCGAGAGAAGGAGAAAUCUGUGGAGGCUGUUCUCCCAGCUUCUGUGGAGAAUAAGAAACAAAAGGGUAAGAACGGAAAGCCAGAGGGUCAGCUUCGGAAUAAUAAGAAAUUGGAAAAUAAGAACGAUAUCAUUAACAAUUCCAAAACUGUAGACAAAAUGAAAAUUGAAAAUGGUCCAACAAGGAUGGUGUCUAAUUUAGACAGUGAUGAUCUUGCCAUCACUGAAAAUCAUCAAGACUAUAUUUUCACUGACAUUGAUAACCUUCCUCCAGUGGAACAAGAGUUCACUUUGGUGAGUAAGAAAAAGAAACGUCCAGGUGCUAAAGACGUUGUGUCCGAGAUUCCUCGCCAAAAGAAUGGACCAAGGGAGAAUCGGGGUCUUCCACAGCCCCGGUCUGUGACACCACCCCCUAUUUCCUCACUGUUAAAGAAGGAACAAACUCGGGAUCUCAGCCCGUCAGCCUUCCCAGCUCUUGGAAAGAAGGCAAAUGCCGCCAAAUCACGGCCUACUUUCAGAGAGGGAAGGAGGAACUCGUUCGGUGAUGUUCCAAUUGAUACUCUAACUGAACUGAGGUCCCAGGAUGACAGUGACAUUGAGUCGGUGAAAUCACUCCCUGCUGCCAAAGGAGGCAGUUUGAGUGAGUUUGUGUCCCGUUUCCCAGUGUCUUAUGCAAAGAUGGCUGCUGCGCCUAAACCACCCAAUUCACCCACCAGCCCAAAAGCUGAGGAAGAGGAGCCAUUUGACACCCAAUCUGACAAUGCCAACUCCAGGAAACCUACCGUCUGGAAAGGCAGUCCAACUGAACGCAGACAUUCAAUCGGAUCAAGUCCUGAAGAUACCAAACAGGAAAACAGUCCAAAGUUAACACAGAGAUCACGACAGAAAAGUGGUAGUCAAGAAUUCCUUCUGUCAGACCCUGUGAUGGUCGAUAAGGAUGUGUCUGUGCCUGCUAGUGUAGACGUGGAAUUCAGUUCUGUGAGUGUGAGUGAUUCGAAGGUCGUCUCGAGUAGUAGUUGUUCUAGCGAUAUCACGGUUUCAGAGGACACUCUGACAAGUGUGAGUCCGUCGGGGGGACAACCCUCCAGCUCCUCCAGUGACAGUCAUCCUAUUCCACUCAUUACUGUAACAAAUGAUUCCAAAAUGUCUGGUAAUCAAAUCGUAAAAACUGAAAACCCAAAUGGUCCUAAGAACGGGCCCCCAAACGGGCCUAAGAAUGGGCCGAAAAAUGGACCUCAGAGAACUAUUAAGACGGAAGUGUUGAACUACACCGAAAGUUCACGAUCUCAACAUGCUGUGAAUCUGGGUAGUAUUUCCAAAGAAAACCCUGGUAAGCAAGUGUCUGUGAGUGCUCGUGUUGGUGGUAACAAUAGCAAGAAAAAUAAUAAAUCUGUAAUCUUCCUGGACAAACGAUUUGGUGAAGCCCCAGAAAACCUGGGCAUUACGUUCGGGUUUGAUUCCAACUUCGAGCAGGAAGUGAAAAGCAGCUGUGACAAUGACCAUGUGACAACUAGUGUGAACAAUAUUCAGCAGCAAGGAGCUACUUCUUGUGAAAGGAAAGUGAGUGUAAAUCAUAAUCAAAGUGAACCUCAGUCUAUACCAGUGACGUUACCAAAAGACAAUUCUAAGAAAUCAGAGCCGACUGUUCCUAAACCAUCAGAAACACCAUCACAACCAACACCAAACAAUGGUGGUGGGGCGGAGGUUCUUCCAGGCAGUGUCAUCAGCUCCUCCCCAUCCUCCACCACAGCCAAGAUGUCCAAGACACGCGUGGGAGGACUCAACGGAGUUGUGCUGCCGAAAACUCAGGGUUAUAGAAACAGCCAUGGUUCCGAUGCAUUAAGGACCGAACAUGUAGCAGCAUCUAGUGAGACUAAGUUAUCAGCUGCUGCUGCUGCUACUGCUUCUUCCAGCAAAGAUAAUAAUAAAACUGUGCUUUUUUUCUAUGGUGAAGGUAUUGUAGCGAAACUUGAGAACUCCGAUGUGUCAGUUGAUUCCCGGGAUGCUGAGCCUCCGCCCACACCAACUAGUCAACACAAAGGACAGCUUGCAUUCUCCCCCGACGCCAACCACAGAGGGAAGUUCAAUGUGUCUGAGGCUGUGGCCUACUUGAAGAAAGAGUGGGACAAGGUGCUUGAACAGAAAGAUAAAAAUCCUCAAGCAGUUCAGUUUUAUGAUGGUCAGUAGAUCACAACCACCACAAACAGUCCAAGACAUGGGAUCAGUUGAUCAUGUGAUCUCUCACAUCACAUGUCGAUCAUGUGACAACAGUGAGUGGUGUUAACCACAUGGGAGCUGGGAGAAAGCAGGUGUUGAUGACAUGGAUUGAGAAGGAAGUGUUUCUCUCUGUGUUGAUUGCUUCAUAUCUUUGCUGAAAGGGAAAACAUGUAGAUGAAUGGAGAAAAAAAAGAUGAAAAACAUUUAAUAUUUUCUUUUGCUGUAAUCUAUUUUUGCGUGUGGAGAAGUGGCAGCAAAGUUUUUUGUUUUGUUCAAUUUGUUUUUUAACGCAAGAAAAGCAUUUACAAGAAGCUAUCCCAUGAUUGUUUGUUGUACGGACUUGUUUUCUGUCAUAUGGACUUGUUUUCUGUCAAACCAUGCAUCUUGUAGACUUGAUUUGUUUGAUGUGGAGGCAGAUGACCCCCAUCCUUGUUAUAUUUAUUGACUACAGACCAAACAUCACCUGCGGUCAAUGCACAUUUUACCAUUGGUGUCACACGAGUGCCACUGAUUACAUCUUCAACCAUACAUUCACUGGGCAUUUAACUCCUCUGGCAGAUGGACUAUCUUGUGGGUCACUACUGAAGGACAAGUCUCAACCAAUAAUCUAUCUCAUUAGCGACAUUCAACACAGGAUGACAGAGUGUGUACACCUCAGGAUAUGUGCUGUAGCAUCUGUCUGCGUAGAUGUGUGUGUAGUAGUCCUGUCCAUGCUGCUGCUGCUGCUGCCGCCGCCACCGCUGCAUUUGGAUCAGCUUCAGAACUAUGUCUGCCCACAGGAAUACUACCACCUAUUCUAUCACUGCUCCAGGAGUCAUAAGUAUAAAGCCUCAAGCCUGGGACAAGCAUUUUCCCACUUGUGACGUCUUCGUGAAACUAGGAUCGAAUGUUUUUGUGACAAAGAUGACGCGACAUUAUCGUCAGGCAGGCAUUUAUGUUGAGAACCGAUUUGAAACAGCACAAGCAAGUCUAUUGUUUUACCAACCCAAUCUUAUCUUUAGUCCGAGAGAAGAAUAUGUGAGUCUUGCUAAAGUGCGUACCUUCCACCAUUGAGUUCCGUUCUCCAUCUCCGUGCCUUUAUGUUCCGUUGACUGUCCUAUCUGCUGCUGCUGCUGCUGCCGCCGCUGCUGCUGCCGCCGCUGCCAGCUCCGUCAUCAAAACCUGCAAGGCCAGUGAUAAACUUUCAAGAUGGCCGACACCCGAGGGACACCUAUUUCUAAAGUAUCUCUUCUCUCGCGACGUGUACGCUUUACAUCUACGGUGCUAACAUGGACGCUAGCCAUUGACUGUGAUACCAGAGAUCAACUCUUUUUGGACGUACGUGACGACUUGUAUGUGAACACUGGUGUUUUCUACUUCCUGUGCGAUGAUUCUUGGAGAGAUGUGAGUGUGCAGUUCAGGCAGCAGCCUCCACUAGCCUGUGUCUGCCCGCACCACUGACAGGUGUGUCUGUCUGUCCGUGUCUUACACCACCAUUCGUGUGCAGUUUGUGUUGAAAUACCCUGGUCUGUGAUGAGAGGCAAGCUGUGUUGUUGCCCUAUUUGUGUUGUCAAUGUAUAGUACAUACAUCUGUGAUCCAACUCGGUAGAUGAGGAUUCAAAAGAGGAUACAAAACGUGAACUAGCCACCUGCCCACAACCGUAGAUUCCUUAGAGGAGAGUACCUGUUAGACUGCAUGACAACUAACUGCCUGGUAGUAGCUGUGUGUGAUUAAAGCAGCUGGGCAUUCGAGCUGGACAGGAAACUGUCCUCAUCCAUUUGUAGAGCAAGCUACCACUGCCUGGCACAUUGAAGCUAGUUGUCAUCUAAUAGUAUUUGCUGCAGAGAGUGCGCAUCCACCCAAUGUCGUGUGUCCAUGUUGAACAUGUCUGUCAGUCUCCAGACCUGGAUAGAAUCCCGGCCCAAGUCCGGAAACGGGUCCAAGGCCUGACAGAGUGAAGUGUACAUUUGUAUCAUAACCAGAGCUAUUACGGCUUGUAGACAAUAAUUUGACUGUUAUUUAAGAAACAAUCCAAAAAUUGAAAAUCAUUCCGUGUGAUGCUGUAAGCAUGUAGGAACCGUGGGGUCUAUGAGGGAGGGUUUAUGCUGUGAGAACAGUUCAAAGAAAUAACAUUAUUUCCAUAGGACUUUUUUGUCGGAAUCUAUGCGUUUAUACCAUACAUCAGUGUGCGCCAUCAGGACCUGUGAUGUUAUUUCCAGUAAUCUUUGUUUACAAAAUGCUUUAAAAAAAAAAUCAUCAACAAAAGCAAUGACGCUGAUGAAAAGUUUUUUUCCAGAUUUCAAACUGAUAACAAUUUUGUGCUGAACCAGCAAAAAUGUCAAAGUCAUUCUGUAUGUUUUCUACUGGUGACUUCGAGUUUUCUACAAAAGUCAACUCAAAAUUGGAGGGGAAGGAGAACCAACCGUCGUAAGUCAACUUGGAUGGCCUGAGCCAUGUGUUGACUGAGAGGCUGGGGCAACCAUAACAUGAGAUGUGCCCAAGUGCAUAUCGUGGGUAUCUGUAGUGAUGUGGUAACCUGUGAAACGUUGUACGUUGCAAGAAAGAUGAAGAGACUGUUACAUGGUUUCAGGGUGGGCUGUAGUCUUCUAUUGCACAAAACAGCCAUUUUAGUAGAUUAGAUAUUUAUUUUAUAACUAUUUAAUUAACAUGUGACCUAUUUGGUGUCUGUGCUUUGAUUAUAUUUCCCAUUUAAUCAGUUUGAAUAUUUUGGCAUAAUCUUGAGAUUUGAAUGUAUUUAAAUUGAUUGAUUGACAGUAAUAUUUUUCAUCAUGGAAUGCCAUGUCAUCAAGCAUCAAGAUCCGGCCAAAACGGUUGCAAUCAUGUCUGUCAUUUUAGUAUCUUUUAUGAGAAUAAUAAUUGUGUAUGUGCAACUUUAAAGACUACAGCUUACUCUGGCUAUUCAGAACUGUUAAAAAAUUGUUAUGGUGAGAUAUAAAAUAAACAGCUUCUGUUUCA